CUUCAAAUACCUCACCAAGCAGACUACCAAUCCAUAAGCAUUCACAAAUCCGUUCAACAAUGGACCUAACCCGAAAGGAAGAAAGUCAAUUUGUGCGCAAUGCAGACGUGGAGGUCCUCGUGCGACGGUCAAUGACAAAAGGGUAUGAAUUAUUCUCCUUACUUACGCCCCCAGCGUACACCACUUUCAUUUUGGCGCGCAAAGGCCGGGGUCAUUUCACAAUGAACCGUUUCUUACGUGCAACUUGGGUUGGAGGAACUAUAGGUUGCGUGGGAGGAGGUGCAUUUGAGUAUGUUCGGUCUGCAUAUGCCGAUGAGGUUACUAUCAGAAGGAGACGGCUCCUGGAUGCGUAUGAUGCUUCUUCAUUGCGAGCUGAUGACCGUGCCACGAUUGGCGCAUUGUUAUUUGCUGUAUUAACACCCGCUGUAUUGUGGAGGCGGGCAAGUACAAUCAAUUUGGUACUAGGCGGUGCUGGUAUUGGUACUGCCUCAGGUCUCGUCACACAUCAUGCGCGCAACUUGACUGGAGACUGAGCACCCAAAAUUCAAAUCCCCGAAAUCCCAGUUUCCUCAUGACUCUACGUACCUGCACAAUCUCAGCUGUGAUAGGUCUAAUAGUCCCUAGUAUCAUGUCUCCAUUCUACCCACAUCUUUUAAUCUGCCAUCCACUUCUGGGUGAAUCACCGGCAGAUCCUGGUGAAAAUCGUUCAACUCCACUUGAACGGCUGUUCCUCCCCCACGACGGGCUGUCUUUCCAUCGAAACAGUCCACGCUGCUCAUGUCCUCUCUUGCGCUCACAUUAAUGUGAUCCAAAUAGUGAGCUUUGGAGCGCAGACGGCGCGCAGCAGCUAUUGCAUUUUGCCAUCUGCCGGUAGUCUCCGCCUUCCUAUCACCCGCAUUCCACCUACGAUGCUUGACUUCCCGUGCAAUGAUGCUAGGGGUUCCUUCAUGCAGAAGGCUCCCUUUCAAGCUCUGGCGAGACAGAAUACUGUUCACAAAGCGACAGCCUGCAACAUUAUGAGCGCCA